CGCCCUACCUAGGCACCCACCCACCCACCGACCCACCGCCGAGAGUAGAAAUUCUACUAGUUCCAGCAUACUACAAGACACAAAGCACAAAAGCGCAAAAUGGCCGAACAGCGACACGGGCCGCUGUCUGUGAUCCAUGCGGGCCUCAUGCGCACGGGUACACUGUCAAUGAAGCGCGCCUACGAGAUGCUCGGCCUGCGCGCGCAUCACGGCUUCGAGAUGGACUCGUGGGAUGACUACCCGGGGCUGGAGCUGGCGGCCGAGGCUACGUGGCCGAGCGUGCCCGGCGCGCGGAAGCCCGUGCCCCCGCCCUUCACCAGCGCCGACUGGGACCGGCUGUUCCCCAACUACGACGUCGUCACCGACCUGGCCUCGCUCUUCGCCGAGCAGAUGAUCCGCGCGUAUCCCGAGGCCAAGGUGGUGGUGGUGCAGCGGGACUUCGACGCCUGGUGGGCCAGCUUCGCGAGCGCCGUCCUGUCCAAGGACAUCCCGGGCAACCCGCUCGCCCUGGCGCUGGUCCACGCCCUCUAUCGGGCGGCCGGGACGCGCGUGUUCGACGCCGUCUCAAAGAUGGUCAACGGCGCCUUUGGCACGCAGUCGUACCGCGACAUCACCACCGAGAAGGCGAGGGCCUUCUACGACGCAUACUACGGCCGCAUCCGCCAGAUGGUGCCCGCGGAGCGGAGGCUCGAGUACAGCUUAAGCCAGGGCUGGGAGCCGCUGUGCCGCUUCCUCGACAAGCCCAUCCCAGAUGCGCCAUUCCCCCGCGUCAACGACAGUGGCGAGAUGCAGCACCGGAAGAUGGGUGAAUUCGGGAGGAUCCUGUCCCAGGCCGGGCGCAACAUGCUGCCUUACCUUCUCGGAGGGGCCGGCGCUGCGCUUUCCGUCUGGCUGUAUAGCGUCUCCAAGUAGCCGAGGGGGGCGAGUGGAGAGGGGACGCACCGAUAGACUCUCUUGAAGGAGAAACAAGAUAUUUAUAUAUCGACUAUUAUUGCUACUCUUCAGAAGCUUGUUGUACUAAGAUUUGCGUGCCAGUUAGGUAGUUGCACAUCUGAAUUGGGAAGACAGGAGGUAAACUACCACCAAGUGUCCGGACACUUGUGUGCAUAUUUAAUCCCCACAAAUCUCGAACCGCCGUUUCCGUUUAAUACUAUAAUUCUCGGCCAUCAUCUU